UCUUCCUUUUCCAACACGGUUUUUAUAUAUAUUUUAUUCUUUUUUAAAUUUUCUAUAUCAUCUUGGGAUUUGUCUUGAAGCUCUCAAUUUUUCUUCUGUUCACACUUGUGUAUUUAGCUUCUGUGAAGCUUUUCCAUAUUGCUCUCAAUUUUGAAGUUGCUUAAUCUUUUUAACUGUUGUCCUUUGUGGCAUAAUAGAACCACCCCUUGAUGCUUUUCUGUUUUUUGCCUAAGAGAAAUGGCAUUGGAGUGGAGUUUUCACUCUCCAAAUGGUAUUUUCAUGAUGCUAUUGUUUUGUCUUGGCAUCAUCCUUGUAAGUUCGAUUAAUGAAGAGGGUUCAAGUCUUUUGAAGUUCAAAAGUUCCCUUCUUGACCCAAAAAACAAUCUUCAAAACUGGAACUCUUCUGAUUUGACUCCUUGCAAUUGGACUGGUGUGUAUUGCACUGGUUCAAUGGUAACUUCUGUAAAACUUUACCACCUCAAUCUGUCUGGUACUUUAUCUCCAAGCAUAUGUAACCUUCCAAGGCUACUUGAGUUGAAUCUGUCAAAAAAUUUCAUCUCUGGCCCUAUUCCUGAGGGUUUUGUUGACUGUCAUAGUUUAGAGAUUUUAGACCUUUGUACUAAUAGGCUUCAUGGACAACUUCAGACCCCUAUUUGGAAAAUCACAACACUUAUAAAGCUUUACCUGUGUGAAAAUUAUAUGUUUGGUGAAGUGCCAGAAGAGCUUGGGAAUUUAAAAUCACUUGAGGAGCUAUUCAUUUAUAGCAACAAUUUAACUGGACAAAUUCCCACAUCAAUCAGCAAGUUGAAGCAGCUUAGAGUUAUAAGGGCAGGCCUAAAUGGCCUCUCAGGGCCAAUACCUGCAGAAAUUAGUGAGUGUGAGAGCUUGGAGAUAUUGGGUUUGGCACAGAAUCAACUAGAAGGUUCCAUUCCAAGGGAGCUUCAAAAGCUUCAGAACCUUACCAGUUUGAUUCUAUGGCAAAACUCUUUAUCUGGGGAUAUUCCUCCUGAGAUUGGAAAUAUUAGUAGCCUUGAGUUGCUAGCUUUGCAUCAAAACUUAUUCAGUGGUGUCCCUAAGGAGCUGGGAAAGUUAUCCAGGUUGAAGAAGUUGUACAUAUACACCAACCAGUUGAAUGGAACAAUUCCACCAGAGCUAGGGAACUGCACAAGUGCUAUUGAGAUAGAUCUAUCUGAAAACCGUUUGAUUGGGAUCAUUCCCAAAGAGUUGGGGAAGAUCUCUAAUCUCACCUUGCUUCAUCUAUUUGAAAACCAUCUGCAGGGUCAUAUUCCAUGGGAGCUUGGGCAGUUGAGGAUGCUAAAAAAUCUAGACCUUUCAAUGAAUAACUUAACAGGUACAAUUCCACUUGAGUUUCAAAAUCUUACCUACAUGGAGGAUUUGCAGCUAUUUGAUAAUCAACUUGAGGGUGUGAUUCCUCCUCAUCUUGGAGCUGUUAGAAACCUUACCAUUCUUGACAUAUCAGCAAAUAAUCUUGUUGGUAUGAUACCUCUCCAUCUUUGUGAAUAUCAGAAGCUACAAUUUCUGAGCCUUGGGUCAAAUAGGUUGUUUGGGAACAUUCCUUACAGCCUGAAAACUUGUAAGUCUCUGGUGCAGCUUAUGUUGGGGGAUAACCAGUUAACAGGAAGUUUACCUGUUGAACUGUAUGAACUUCACAAUCUAACUGCACUUGAACUUUAUCAGAACCAGUUCUCUGGGCUAAUAAACCCUGGGAUAGGUCAACUUAAAAAAGUAGAGAGGCUUCUCUUGUCAGAUAAUUAUUUUACUGGGUAUCUCCCUUCUGAAAUUGGAAAUUUGGCACAACUUGUCACAUUCAAUGUUUCAUCUAAUCUUUUCAGUGGUAGCAUUCCUCGUGAGUUGGGAAACUGUCUAAAACUGCAAAGACUUGAUCUUAGCAGGAACAAGUUCACUGGCAUGCUUCCAAAUGAAAUUGGCAAUCUGGUGAAUUUGGAGCUGUUGAAAGUUUCUGAUAAUGCACUCUCUGGAGAAAUUCCAGGCACUUUAGGGGAUCUUAUUCGUCUCACAGAGCUGGAGCUAGGUGGCAACCAAUUUUCAGGAAGCAUCUCUUAUCAUUUGGGAAGACUUGCUGCUCUUCAGAUUGCACUUAACUUGAGCCACAACAAACUUUCUGGCACAAUUCCUGAUAGCUUGGGGAACUUGCAAAUGCUGGAAUCCCUUUACUUGAAUGACAAUGAACUUGUUGGUGAAAUUCCUGCAUCAAUUGGUCAGCUUCCAAGUCUUUUAGUAUGCAAUGUAUCUAACAACAAGCUGGUAGGAACUGUUCCUGACACCACUGCAUUUAGGAAGAUGGAUUCCACAAAUUUUGCUGGAAAUAAUGGAUUGUGCCGUGUUGGUACUUAUCAUUGUCAUCCAUCUGAAGCUUCAUCUCAUCAUGCAAAACCAAGCUGGAUAAAAGAUGGUUCAUCAAGGGAAAAGAUAGUGAGCAUUGCUUCUGGGGUGGUUGGAUUAGUUUCUCUUGUUUUCAUAGUGUGUAUAUGUGUUGCAAUGAGGCGUCGUGGCACUGCUUUUGUUUCACUUGAAGGAGAAACAAAGCCUCAUGUUCUUGAUAACUAUUACUUUCCUAAAGAAGGCUUUACUUACCAGGAUCUCUUGGAAGCCACUGGCAAUUUUUCACAAGAUGCAGUUAUUGGAAGAGGAGCUUGUGGAACUGUCUACAAGGCUGUUAUGAAUGAUGGUGAAGUCAUUGCUGUCAAGAAGCUGAAUUCACAUGGAGAAGGAGCAAAUGUUGACAGAAGCUUCUUUGCAGAGAUUUCAACCCUUGGAAAGAUCAGGCACAGGAACAUUGUGAAGCUGUAUGGAUUUUGUUAUCAUGAGGAUUCUAAUCUUCUUUUAUAUGAAUACAUGGAAAAUGGAAGCCUUGGGGAACAACUUCAUUCCAAUGCAAGCACAUGUGCACUGGAUUGGAAUAGCCGGUAUAAAAUUGCUCUUGGAGCAGCAGAAGGCUUAUGCUAUCUUCAUUAUGAUUGUAAACCUCAAAUCAUCCAUCGUGAUAUAAAGUCAAACAACAUAUUACUUGAUGAAGUGUUUCAGGCUCAUGUUGGAGACUUUGGCUUGGCAAAGUUGAUUGACUUUUCCUACUCAAAAUCCAUGUCUGCUGUGGCAGGUUCAUAUGGCUACAUUGCCCCAGAAUAUGCUUACACCAUGAAGGUGACUGAGAAAUGUGACAUCUAUAGUUUUGGGGUAGUUUUGCUGGAACUAGUUAUUGGGAGGUCACCUGUUCAACCUUUGGAACAGGGUGGUGAUUUGGUGACAUGGGUGAGAAGAGCAAUUCAAGCAUCUAUACCAACAUCUGAGUUAUUUGACAAGAGAUUGAAUCUGAAUGAACAAAGAACAGUUGAAGAGAUGUCUCUUAUUCUAAAAAUUGCUCUCUUUUGCACAAGUACAUCUCCACUUAAUAGGCCUACAAUGAAAGAGGUCAUUGCAAUGUUGAUUGAUGCUAGGGAAUACGUCAGCAAUACACCAACCUCUCCUACAUCAGAAUCUACACUGGAUGAAGAUCAAGUUGCUUCUUCCAAAGAUGGUGGUCCUUGAGUUGCAAGUCACAAGCUUCACCCCAUUAUUUCAACAUGUUUGAAUCUUGGCCAAUCAUGUCCCCUGGCUCAAUUGAAUAAGUAGCAUUAGCUAGAAGAAUUUCAUAAUCAGUUUCAAUGAAGCAAAAGCAAUGUUUUAACCCAACCAUGUGUCCUUCAUGUGCUGCAAGAUGCUCCUUACCAAAGCUGUUUGAAAAGUUUCCAUCCUAACAGCAUCAAGCAACUCUAAUCUACUAUAUCUUUAGAUUUAUCAUGAUUCUAUUCGCAUAGCAAAUCUCACUCUU